UAACUAGACCGCAGCCGCCCGCAGUCCAAUGUGACAUCCCUCGAUUCCUUCCCUUCACCGCUUCCGAAGUCUACUUCCAUUCCUCCCCUUCCUAACCCCGCGUCGCCCACGAGCUCGCCGUGCCGGCAGAGGAGAGGACCUCGCCGGAGCAGAGGCCAUGGGGCCACCGCAGCCAGCCAGGGUCGGCGCCAUCAACAUCGAGGCGUGCGCGCGGCCGAUCGCCGUCGACCACCGCAUCAGGCUCCCCUACUACUUCCGCAUCGCGGGCAGCCUCCUCCGACAGGCUAAUAUAUAUCGGAACGAGAGUAACUUCCUCGACCUGUAUGUCAUCCUUCUGAGAUACUCGAGCUUGCUGUGUGAGACGAUUCCGAAGCAUCGUGAUUACCAUGCCUUCAAGUUAAAAGAAAAGGCAUUUUUUGAUAAACUUAAUGAUGUUAUGAAAGAGCUUGAGACAUUGAAGCCAGUUGUGCAGCGGCAGGUUGCCGAGCAUAACAGAGGAGGUACUGUGGAAUCGAAUACUAAUAGUCUAAAUGGAAACUAUGGUAUAACUCGUAGGAUAGAGCAGCGCACUCCAACCUCUUAUACUCCACAGCCAUUUGUAGGCAGCACUAAUGGAGCAUUGCAAAAAACCUUCCAUGCUGGGAGACAAGUGGCAUUAUUACCAAGCGUCCAGAAACAAUUUAUGAAUCUACCAUAUCCAAAAGAAGAAACACUAGCUAGACACUCCAUAUUAGGACCUAAUGGUCUUAAUGGCCGAUGGAAUGGGCCUGUUACUGAAAUUAAGGUUCAGUAUCCAAGCAAUUUUGAAUUAACACAAAAUGAUAUAACAAGUUUAGUGCCAUCCAUCUUGAACCAAGAUGAUUCGCAUGGUCCCAGUACUGCACCUGCACCUCCACCUCCAGAUAGCUCCUCAAAUGACAAUGACGAUAUGAAAUCUGUUCUCUCUCUUGAUGAUGGUCGAUGGUCUGUGCCAGCAGAACGCACUCCACUUCCUUCUGCUAGCUUGGAAGAAGAGUUGUUUCAAUUGGAUAUCAAACAACCUUCUCCUCCACCAGUUCUGGCAGAGGUGCAAAGACCAAUUUCUCCAUCUAGAGUUGCUGAUCCAACACCCGGACUUCCGACCUCAGGAACUGCCCGUUUUCAGAACUUGCAUGUUCCGAUCAAGUUGAUGGAGUGUUUUCUAAGGGUUGCUGAGUCAAACACCAAAAGAAGCUUAGAAACCUGUGGGGUUCUUGCUGGUACCUUGAAAAAGAGAACUUUUUGCGUGACAACCUUAAUUAUUCCAAAGCAGAAAUCGACAUCUAAUACGUGUGAAGCUAUAAAUGAAGAAGAGCUAUUUGAAGUUCAGGACACAGGCUCACUGUUCACUCUUGGUUGGAUUCAUACACAUCCAACACAGUCCUGCUUCCUUUCUUCCAUUGACCUCCACAAUCAUUAUUCUUAUCAGGUCAUGCUACCUGAAGCAAUUGCGAUAGUUAUGGCACCUACUGACACAACAAGAAAACAUGGUAUAUUUCAUCUCACGGAUCCAGGUGGUAUGGGCGUGAUCCAUGAUUGUCAAGAGAGAGGUUUCCAUCCUCAUAAGGCACCUCUUGAUGGUUCGCCAAUCUAUGAGCAGUGCUCCCAUGUGUACAUGGACAACGAUAUAAAGUUUGAUAUGAUUGAUCUCCGAGAACGAUGACAAAGCUCAACUUCUUUGGGUUUAUUUUGGAGCCUAUACUUCUCACAGUUAAAUCAUAUUGCUGCCUUAUUUUUUCUUAGUUGUGCUGAAGAUUUGUGAAUUCUUAUGUAAGCUGUUGUACAUAGCUAUUGCAUUGUAUAGAGAAAACAAUUGAGUUAAUGCUGGUAAUCUGCAAAGCCAUUGAUGCUUUGUUGUAAUUCAUCCCUUCAACCUCGCAAAGCAUGUUUGUGUGGCAAGAUGAGGAAGUGGUGUCUAGAUUUUAUGCCAUGCCAAUUGUACAUCCUUGAAUAUUUGACUUAAAGAGCAUCAAUAUCACUGAUUGUUAAAGCUGUAUUAUUUUUCA